AGCGAGUAGGCUUAGCAAAUCGAAUGAAACCACUUAAAAGCGACGACAUAUUUUCCAAGACCAUGUAUCCAAUCGCUACGUAUAGAGACGGUGAAACGAAAAAUAUUAUUUGCAGGAUUAUUGGAAUCUCGGAUAUUUCUGAUAUAGAAACUGUGACUAUUUGGGUAACGACUUUUUCAAACAAACCUCCAAAAAUGCCCGGCAGUAUCGAUGCGGUUGAAGAUAAGGACGCAGACAAAAACAAGGAAAAUUUGUCUGAGCAAAAUUUAAGGCAUACUGAUUUAAAAUUUGGACAUUUGCAAAACAAACCAGCAUCAGAAGCGAAUCCAGAUCUUAAGCUACGAUUUAAUGAUUAUGAUAAUGCAAACGAUGACGAUGAAUUUUUGACUCCCAAAAAAAGUAACGCCAAAGAAGAAAUACCUGCUAAAGAUAAUCCAACUCUUAUUGAAGGUACUUUACCUUUCCUUAGAAGCAGCGCUAAUACCGAUAAAACUGUAUCCAAUAGUCCGUUUUUGAGUGAAUCUGGUGACGCAAAGGACCCUUUAAUUGGAUCGCCCAAAGAGAUAAUUGUUCAACCCAAAGAAUUUAUGUCCGAUGAAUCCGAUGAAGAUACCCCAAUUACUGCAAAGCCAUCAUUGUUGGAGAGAUUGAAAAAAUUAAGAAAUAAAGAUGUUCCUACUUUAAUAAAAAGUCCUGAAACUAAAUCGACCAGUCCAUCCAAAGGAGGAUUCUUCCAAAAUCUAAUUAAACCUAAUUCUGGAAAUACUGAAAAUAAAGCUGCUACGCCAGUUGAAUUAAGCUCUGUUGCAGAAGAUAUGGAUUCUAUAACAAAUGCUGUUCCAAGUAAUCCUGAUACUGAUUUAAACAAGAAAACGUCUGAACUGACGCAAGCUUUGCAAGAAGUUAAAGUAAUGGUAGAGAAUAUGAAAAAAGACGCACAAAAAGAUUCAGAAAGUAGACUUUUGGGGUCUCCCCAAACAGAAGGUUCCGAGAAAAAUCCUCUAGAAUCUUUAAUGCCUCAAAAUUUUGUAGAAAAUGCGAAAAAAGUAAAUGAAUAUUUUAUUGACAGAGCGCAAGACGCUUUGGACACGAUAAACCCAAAAACUAUAGACAAAGAAAACAACUUAAAUGAUAUAAGCCAUUCGGGAAUAAUUCCAAACGGAAUUACAGGCAUCAAGAAAAUGUCACAACAUUUAUUAGAUAAUUUAAAAAAUAAUCAACUAGUGGGUGCGAAUAAACCAAUACAAAUGGAAGAAAGAUUUGGAGAAACGACCGAAGAAAUUCCUAUAGUAACAACCUAUAAAAAUAAAUUAGAUCAAUAUUUGCAAGAAAGAAAAAAGCAAGUACAGAAAAAGUAUUCUCCUGAAACAAAAUUGAGAGCUGCAGAGGAUUUGAAGGGAAAAUUAAAAAUUCCAUCAGUUGAUUUGAAAAAACCACUGAAAAAUGCAGGAAUAAUGAUGACAAGAAUGGCAGAAAAAGCCAAUAAUUUAAAAACAAAGCCUCUUUCAUGGCUCAAUGAUAACAAAAAUUAUCCCGAACAAUUACUUGGCAAUACCGAAGAUAAUAGCUUAGAAUCAAAUGAUAUCAAUGGUAAUUAUUUUUUACCUACUCCUACACCCAGUGACCAACAAAAUACAGAAACGCAAAAUAAAUUUAUGAAAUAUUUGGAAAAUUUAAGAUCAAAAACAACAGAAAAACCAGUAGAUACCAAAAAGGAUUUACUUAAAGAUAAAUUAAAGGACUACGUGAGCUCUUUAAGAAAUCAGAAUAAAGAAAAGCCACAGUUGGACACUAAAAAAAUUAGUGAAUUGAUGAGAAAAGCUUCAGAAAAUCAAAAAGAAAGUGUUAAUGGGCUUAAGAAGAAAUUAGAAAAAAUUUUAGCAGAAAAUAAAGUCGCAAGAUCUCCUUCUGUAGGAAUUUUUUUGGAAGAACCUGUCAUUGGAAAAAAAUUACCAGCUGAUGCAACAAAUUUCCAAGAACCAUCCACUGUGAGUGCAAUAAAUCCCAAUAUGGAAAACCGAGAUAGUUUAAAGAUUAAUACUGAUUGGUCCAAUCAACUAGGAAAAAUUGUCCAAUCCUCCUCAAAGCCUCAAGACAUAUUUUUUAUGGGCAGCGGUGUUAAACUUCCCCUAAAAGUUAAACAAAGUAAUGAUGGUUCGAUGGAUCUUUCAGUGGACCUAGAAAAACUUUGCUCUUGCUACAAUGCCACUUGUACAGAUAAAAAUCAAACUGCAUUAGAUGAAACUGUUGGAGCUAUUUUGGAACAAGAGGCCGUCUUAGAAAACCAAUUGAAGAAUUCUCAUGAAGAGGUACAAUUGAAGAGGCAGAAGCGAAUGUACGAUUCACCUAAUUUGCUUGAAAACGAUUCACCUAAUUUGCUUGAAAAUCAUGUGCAAAAGCAACUGGAGAAAUCUUUUAAAAAAUCUGUAAAUCAAUUGCAGAAUGACGUUAAGAAAUUAAACAAAAAACUUGUGGAUUCUUUAAAUGUGGCUUUACCAACCGGAGAAUUUGGUGGAAUUAGAAAUCCAACACAAGAUCCCUCAAAAGCAGUCAAUCAACUUAAAGAAAAUUUCAGAAACAUCUUUCCGGAAGUGACAAAAAUUCAAAAACAAGUAGCCGAAGCUGCUGGUGACGUCACAAAAAUAUCAGAGGCUUACGAAAAAGUCAAAAUUAGCAAUUUGGAGAAUCGAUUGAAGAAAUUAGAUAAUGAAAUUGAGAAAUUGCAGGACACUAAUGAGGAGAAAGUACGUGAAGAGACUAGAAAAUUUCUUCAAGGGGAUCAAAGAAAACGGAUUCAGGAAGAGGCCAAUAUUUUGAGUAAGGUUUUCUCUUGGGUGGAUAGUUUCUCAAAAAAGCAAUAG